AUGAGCCUUUUCAGCAUAUUUCCUGGUAUGUACAACGCAACAUGUUGCGAACCAAAAUCGGCAUGUUUAAAAGUCAAUAAUCGCGUGUGGGCUUUGCGCAAUAAUCGUGAGAAAAUAAAUCCUGAUCAAUUCCGGGAUCAAAGUGAAAAUAUUCCUUGGAAUAAAAAUGUGCAGAAGUGUUGA